CGAGAAACCAUAUGAAUGAAUCCACAACUCAUAGUGUGUGUUCAAUCAGCUUCUGUCGCAACAUUGAAGCAUGAACAGGCGGUUUUCAUUGGACGGCUCUCUUGGGACCCCCGUGAGCGUGCGGGGGAGCGGCCGGUCCCAUAAAGGGUUCGAGCAGAAGGACCCACUGCAGGACGCCCAUGUGCAGAUCAAGGAGCUCCACCACAGCCUCCAGAAGGACAGCCCUCAGAGGGAUCCUAAUAUCGGGGAGGAAGGCCUUAAACGAUUCGACAGGCUUGUGUCCAAAAAUAGCUUCAGGAAACACAAUUUAAUGUUCCACAAGCUGUUUGAAGAUAUCCCCGAGACGGAGACGCUGACAGCAACCUUCACCUGCUACCUGCAGAAAGAGCUGAUCUACCAUGGAAGGGUGUUUGUGUCCGAGGACCAUAUCUGUUUCCACUCCUCUGUGCUUCUGAAACACAUUAAGGUGGUGAUUGCUGCAUCUAGGGUUUGUCAUGUGAAGAAACACAAGGCCCCCGUGCCCAUGCUUUCCAUUCACACCUUUGAUGGCGCCAAGUACAACUUGAUGUACGUAAAACACAGCAAGACCUGCUAUGAGCUCCUGGAAUCGGUGUGUCUGCACAUAGAGAAAAAGACUGCCAACACCAGUCCACAGAUGUCUUCUGCAGAGAAUGGUGGCAAUGGCAUGGCGUCUGGUCACUCCAGCAAUGAUGAAAGUAGAAACAGUAGAAACAACAGCAUUUCUCUGGAAGAAGAAACAGAUUUAUCGUUGAGUCAAGGCAUGGCUGACGGGACAAUGUCAUCACCCACAAAAGGAAUUGACGGAGCUUUAGAUUUGAUCUUCUACAUCUUUGGCCUGUUGUUUCUGCUGCUCGUACUGGUUUCCGGUUACAUUGGACUGAGAAUCAUAGCUCUGGAGGAGCAGCUGACUGCCUUGGGGCACCUAUCUCUUUGAACCCUGGAGCCCGGGGAGAGACCACACAGACACAGCUGGCCGUCGCAGGGCUCCCUCAGCUGAUCCGGAGAUCCUGAAGACGGGAGGACCUCAAUGUCUCCACGCCUGAGCUCUCCAAUAUGUUGGUGUCCGAUUGAGAUUUAGCUAAAAAGCUCUAAACGGCUAAGUUUAGGUAAAACAUUUCGUUUAAAUGGUUCAAAUGGUUAGUUAUGUAAUGGUUAAGUUUGCAGCGUUAAGAGAAUAUUUUGGAAUUCAAUAUAUAUGUGGUUACGUUUAGGGAGGUGGUGAAGCUGGGGUAUUGUUAGCUGGUUAGGAUUAGGUAAGUGUGUGUUCAGUCUGGUUAAGAUCAUGGCUGUGUCCACUGGCUGCCACGCGUGUCUUCUGGCUCACCUAGAGAAAAAACGGCCUACAUUUCCUCUUUAACCUGUUACUGCUCUUAAUUAUUGCUAUCAUACUCGGAUCCAAUCUUUCUUAUAUUUAUCUUGUUAGUAUUCUCCUUUUACACUUACAAUUAAGAUUAUGAAUACAUUGAUUUGAGAUGCUGUUAGAAAUCCUAAUAUUUUUCUGAGAACAAAACGGCAGUGAUUUCUGCUGAGGACAACUGAAAGUACAAUUAACGCCAAGCGUUAAUUGUAAAAUGUGUUAGACGCAUAAUCUAUAGCUUUCACUGGCGCUAUCCUACCGCUAGAUGUCAGCAUAUACCUUCUGACUCAUUUCGUCAAAUGAAAGCUAAUGACGUAAGCAUUCAAGAUUUGAAUAGAUUAUCAUCAUUGAAAUAUAUACUUUUUUGGUUUGUCAUAUACUGAGAUGUCAUUACUGAAUUAUUCUUGACAGAGGCCUAUCUAGUUAUUGUAGAUUUUUAUGAAAUUAUUUAUUGAAUAAUUCAAUUUAAUUAAACAAUGAGGACCCAAAUGAAAGCAUACAAAUGCAGGAUGCAGUUCCAUGUUUUGUAAAUAAGUGUUCUUUUUAUUUUCAAUUGUCAAUAAAAAGGUCAAGAUUCA